ACUAAAUAGUGGGCACUGUGUUAUAUGUGGUGGGCUGGUGGGCACAGGUAGGCACAGUACGUAGCUGUCACAGCCAGUCAUAGCACAAGUUUAUUUAGUUUUCAGUAAUUAUGUAUUUUCAUAUUUGAAGCUCUGCGUUUUCUUACAAUAUGCGGGAUACUCAGCAGGAUCUUUGUUCCCGGUACAUAAAAAUAUUUGUGGUGGUUGCCUGUUAUUGGGUGGUGUCAAUAGCAACUGUAUUUGUUAACAAGGCAUUACUAAGUAGUGCGACUGUGGCACUGGAGGCGCCGUUAUUCAUCACGUGGUUCCAAUGCAUAGUGUCAUUCACAAUUUGCUCUACAUUGAGCUUGACUGGAGGCAUACCGGGCAUCUUCACCUUUCCUAAAGGUACACCAUGGAAGAUAGAUGUCAUGAGGAAGGUGCUGCCUCUGUCGCUAAUGUUCACGCUCAUGAUAGCAACAAACAACUUGUGUCUGAAGUACGUCGGUGUGUCAUUCUACUACAUCGGGCGGUCGCUCACAACUGUGUUCAAUGUUAUAUUCAGCUGGGUGCUUAUUGGACAACUGACGUCGCUUAGAUGCAUAUUGUGCUGCUUGGUCAUCAUUUUCGGAUUCUAUCUUGGAGUGGAUCAGGAGAAUUUAUUAGGAUCAUUUUCAUUAGUAGGCACAAUCUACGGCGUACUAGGGUCUCUGAUGCUAUCUCUGUACUCGAUUUAUACAAAGAAAGUGCUGCCACAUGUCAAUCAGCAAGUUUGGCUGCUCUCUUACUACAAUAACGCCUACUCCAUACUUCUCUUCAUUCCGUUGAUAGUGGUCAAUGGAGAACUUACUAUAUUGGCUAAUUAUACUAACUUUCACGAUCCAUACUUUUGGUUCCAAAUGCUGAUUGGUGGAUUGUGCGGAUUCGCAAUUGGAUACUUUACUUCCUUGCAAAUAAAGGUGACGUCACCUUUAACGCACAACAUAUCAGGAACAGCCAAGGCCUGUGCACAGACGGUGAUUGCGACGCAGUGGUACAGCGAGACCAAAAACUUGCUAUGGUGGACGUCGAACGUCAUAGUUCUCUGCAGCAGUGCUUUAUACGCACGGUUCAAACAAAUUGAAAUGGAACAGAACGCCCGAAAAAGUAACAAUGAAGAAAAAUCUUUAGUCUGACUUUUGAAUUACUGUGUCUGAAGACUUUAACCAUUGUAACGUUAAUUUAUAACAUUUUCGAACUUUCUAAGUGUGAUAUAGUGUUAGAAUACAUAAUAUAACAUUGAAUGUCUGUAUUAAUCAUGUAUUUUAACUAAACAUGUAUUUAUGUGUCCUUAUGGGUGUAAUAUGUUAUUUUGUACUGGUUGUAAAGAAAAGUAAUAGCGCACUAUAGAUCAAAUCGACAGUUGAAAGGAAAGAGGGGCUAAACGCACUUAAGCUGGCCACAUACAGAAUUUCGAAACAGAAUUCCGACUGUAUGUGGCUGGCCUUAGGUUGGUAAUUAACUAUACCUAUACAAUUCUUUUUUCACACGAAAGAAUUUUCAGGGUUGCCAUUAUUUGCAAAAAUUUUAAAUAGUCCUGUAGUUGUUUGUCAACAUUUUUAUCGAUAUAUUAAAACGUAAAGACUUAUCGCCUUCUUACUUCUUAUUUUGACAGUUGGCUCACUGAUAUCGAUAUCAAUUCGUGAAGUACCGAGGCACAAUUUUGUUGUUCCUAGUUUAC